UUAGGGCCGUUUCCUCAUUGGUCUCUUUAUAGGACUGCAGUUGUCACCUCUGAGGCCUGUUUCUGUGACCAGCUUUCCACCCCUUGCUCUCUCUCCAGGGUCUGGAAUGAUGCUGUGGCCGAAUCCUCAGCCGUUUCUCCCCCUUUGCGAUGGAGUGGGACUGAGUCAGGGCCCAAUCGCCUUUGAGGACGUGGCUGUGGAUUUCUCCCUGGAGGAGUGGGUUCUCCUGAAUCCGGAUCAGAAAGCCUUGCACAAGCAGAUCAUGGAGGAGAUGAAUGGGAUUGUGGACUCUCUCGUAGAUAACGGGGAGAAGAGCCAUGUAUGCACCAAGUACAGGAAGCAUUUGGGACACAACUGGGCCUUUCGUCGAGACCAGCAAGCCCACAGAGAAGAUGGAGGUUCUGCCAGAGAAAGGCCCGACAAAUGCCGUGGAGGUCCUAGGAGUCCAUUCCAGGAGUAG